AUGGCGAGGGUACUGGAUUCUCAUUACUUGGCCAUCACUGCUAUUGUCACGGUAAUCCUCUCCCUCUCCUUCUCUCUAUGGCCGUACGUUUCAUUCGACUCCCAUUUCCUUGCCCUCACAGCUCUCAUCACGGUAAAUUCUCGCCCCUCCCUCUCCCGUUUCCCUAUUAGACCGUCAGAUGUUUGCUACGGUGGGUUUGACUUUGUUGAGUAUUUUGCGCGUUUCAGGUCUUCUAUCAGUUCAUCUUCUUCGUUAUCACUGCGCUUCUCAAGUUCGACAAGAUCACGGAUUUCGCGGGUGAUCCAUUCAUUCCCGUCUUUUCGUCAGUUCUUCACUGGCUCUUGCCAUCUGCUCAAGGGAACACUAGAAUUGACAUCUAUAUAGGCAUCGAAAUGGUGUAAUGAGUCUAGAAUGUGUAUAUAGUGGAAGCAACCCAAUGGCCACUCGUUUGAUAUCAUGACUGCCCCCUAAAGGGCUUGGGUGAAAUGAGCUGGGUGAGAGCCUGGGAGAAGCAAUUGAUUCGAGAACAAAGGAUGGCUGUAGGCUGUAGGUCCCCGGAAGAAAGAUAGAUAAGUAGAGAGUUAUAUCGUUUGGCCAGUCUUGAGGAGACUACUCUUAUUAUAUUGAUGAUUUCACUAGAUAAACAACAUCAAAACGGAGCCAGGCAUGUAGAAGGUUGAGGGGUAGAGUAUUGAUGGGGGAGAGUACCUGAUGAUGAGAGAUGAAUACAAUAAUAUUUCACUUGAAUUUCAAAAAUUUACGGGACGUCAUUGAUUCGAUGUUCAUAUUCGUAGUUCAGCAAUCGAAAUGAAUGGAGAUUGGGAUAACCUUGAAUCCACAUUCUUUCACGUUGAAGCCUUUUUUUGAAAGUGGAUAGUUACCAUGUAAAAUAUUGCAAGUGGUGUCAAUGUAGGAUGACAAUCAUAUCAAAUAAAGCCCCUCUGUAACGACAACACUCUACACCUAGAUUAUAUAGACCCUAAUGUUACAGGGAGCAUGAAAAAUGAUGGAUUCGUACUCUUUUUCAUUGUACUCAGUUCUUUUCUCACACCUUUUAAGUCUUUUCAAGCUUUGCUGCUUGAAAAAGCAAUUCUUGUUUUUAUUCCCUAUGGGAAAGGAUCAUUUUAAGAAUUAGUCGGCAUACUUUGAUGUCCCUGUAAGAAUAAAGUCCUUUCUAGCUCGUAUCUGUCUGUGGGGGACGCUAACUUAUGCCUAUUAUUUCGACUUCGUUCUACCCAACCUCUUGUGAGAGAGUUAUCCAACUCCUCUUCCCAUAUAGGUUGUGGGAAGUACUGAAUUUACGGAUAGAAGUUAUCUGACGACAUAUAGGAAGUUGCACAUAUUAGAUCGUUAGCUGCAACAUCUUCCCUUUCAAUGACGAUGCAUAUCCCAGAACAUGUGAUACCAUAUGUUGCCCAGUGGCCACAUUUUGGAGUCAUGCGAUUGUACUUGCGUCCCUUUCUCGCUAUUGUAUCUUCCUAUAUAUGCCUUUGUCAUGGGAAAUGUGUUGGUCUGCAAGUAAGCUGAGUAGGUGUUGUAGUUAUCAAAUCUCACUACACCACAGUCAAAAGUGUAUCUAAUAUUUGCUUUAUUUGCUUCACUGAAUAGAAGAUGAAACUGCUCAUUUAAAGUUAGGAAUCAGCGUGUCCUAUUUUCUUAAAAAUGAUGUCUAUCUGUGUAUAUGUCUAUGUUCUAAUGUCGGCACCAUGUUAUCAACCAUUAGCACAUGCCAAGUCUCCAAUAUUUCUCACCUCACCCUCCUGACAGUACUCAUUGCAGUAGGUUGUGUAUCCCCGUAAUCUUGCUAUCGUUCAGUCCCACUUCAUACCCACCAACGCUUGCCUAGACUGCCAAAUUGAUAAAUUGAUGUCCCUGAUAUUGACGAUGCCUAGACUCUAAUUACCUUUGUGUUUGCAUAUUCUUCUGUAGCAGACACCAUGUCAGCUAGUUCCAUGUAUAUAGUUUCUAGCCUCUUUGCCUGAGUACUUGGAAUCCAAAAUAGGAACAAUCAACUUAUAGCAAUCUAAACAACAAAAUACAUAGUGAUGGUUUGGUGUCACUGAAGAGAAUAUUUCCUUCCCUUUCUAUCACUUGCCAUGGAAUAUAUCUGGAAUCUUCAUCCAAUCCGUGGAGUGGACAAUACUCUCAGUAAUCAGCAUCGUCCAAUAUGAGAUACGAAAAUCUCAAGUCCAAAAACAUAGUGAUGCUACUACUAAUUUCCCUUCCAUCAUUGUCCAAGAAUACUACUAAUGUAGUUUUAUAAUUCACCUCAAGUCCAGUAUUUUUAAAACAAUUUUGAAAUCAAUCUAAUUAGGUAUAUUUUUUUCUCUAAUUAAGGCCAUGCUUCUAUCGUUCAUACAUUUGAGAUAUUUACUUUUAACCCUCGUAGUUAUAGCCUAGAUCCUGAUAAGUUUUUUUGGGAUCACUGCAAAUAAUGUGUUGUUAAGGUACUCCUAGGAUAUUUCUCGUCAGAAAAAUACCUUUGUUGCUGUCAUCAUCUCUGUUGAACUUCUCUCCCAUUUUGAGGAUCAAACUAUGACAGUUUUUUGUAGCUCCUUUCUCUAUUUCAACUUCUCAAUAAAUGUGUUGAGAAUUUUUUUGGGGAUUUAUUUUUUAAUGUUUUCUUUUUAUAUUUCAAUUACAUCUAGUAUAUUCUUUUGUGUUUCGUGGUAAUGGAUGACCUCCACGAUCAAAUAAUGACCUGAGAAGACUCAAAUUACAUGAUUCAAUGGAACGUCUUGUCCUUUCAUGUUGGCUUUAUCUUUGGCUCUUAACUGCGAUCAGAAAUCUUAGACCACAUGAUGCUUUUCAAUGUCUCAAAAAGUCAAUAAAUUGCAAUGGUAUUUCACCCGGGAGUAAUCCCUGAGUCCAUUCGGAUCUAUUAGGUUGGGACUUUUAAUCUGCAUGGGGGUUGUAAUGGUUUUAUCGCCAACUUCGAGAAUAUGUAUGCUUCUGUGCUAUUCAAUGAUCUAUUAUUUAUAGUUUCUUGGGUCAAUUUUAUUAGAAGUGUAUAGUGACUGCGUCAGUAUAGGUUUGCAUUUUCUGAUUUCAAUAUAUGUUUAAGUGCACAUAGUAGCAUGAUUUGAAAGGUGGACAACAUUAUGGUCAUACUUCCCAUGCCCAUUAUCUUUUGUUUUGUGAGUGGUUUCUUCACAGGCGUUGUUGUGAAUUGAUGUUGUUUUAAGGCAUUAGGUAGACUCUGUGGUCCUCAGUUGCUGUCAUUUAUGCAUGAAUGUCUUCAUGAAAAUUGACACAGGCAGUAAAAAACCUUUCAUUUUCUUGUAGGAAGCACAAACUUUGUUAUAAUAGCAGUGCUGACACUUAUUUUGAAGGGAGAAUGGUAUUUCAGACAGGUACAUUUCUCCCUCAGAUUGUAGGCUAUCCAAUGCUUCUUUUUCAGUUACACGUGUGGUAUACAUAUGAUAAGAUUGUAUGAUAGUAUGUUUUUUUUUAUAGCAGUUCAUCUUCAUGUGUGAUUGAUGGCUUAUUCACAGCCUUCUGUUAUGAGCCAGUACGACAUUGAAAAUGUUGGCUCCAGCAGUUUGACCGAAGUUUCAGUGCUUUAUUUUCCAUGUCUUGAACCUGUUUUUGGAUCAUUCUGUAACUAAAAUGGUCAUUCUAUCAAUUUGUGUAAUGACCCGUGGCUACAGCGUUUUAGUAGAAUAUUAACCUUGAUGUUUCACGAAAGUUUGGAGUUCCAUUCUUGGCUACACUAUAUGUGGAUUUUCUAGAAUAAUUUAAGCUUCUCGACUAAUUGAUAUAUUCUACACAUCUUUUAGGAAUAAUUAAGGUUUUUUUUAUUAAUAUAUUUUUUAAAUAGUUGUGAUUUGCAUUGGGUAAGUCUUACAAAUAUUAGUCAUUCGUUUGACCUACUGGGCAUUCAACUGAUUCUGCGAGUCAUGGUCGAUUCUAGUCAUAAGGGUGAGUUGAGGGCGAGGUAAAGAGUUACGGACUCGGCUCUUGGAUGUCCAGAAAUUUUGUUAAAUUCUCUGGCGGUCACCUGCCAAAGCUACUGAGGCCAAGGUCGCAAUAAUAGUGUGGCUUGCUGGGCUAGAAGCCUUGAAACGAAGAGUAGAUGUAAUGUGGUAGAAAGUAAAGAAUUAGCUAAUCUGAUGUUUUACUCGAAGAAUCCUGCUACAGCUGCUAGGUUUGGUUACUUUUUAACGAUUAAUCAGAAGUCUUGCCCUUAUUAGAGGUAUUGAACGAAGUCUGCAAUGGUUUUGCCUUAUAUGGGACAGAUACUCGGUAGAAACUUUAUGUUUCUCGGAUGCUCCAGGAUGGAUAAAAAAUUGUUUGGUAAUUGUAACAUCUUGGUGAUAGUUUUUAUGCUGUCUGCUAUUGGGUGCUUUUCUGAACAUAUGGGAGAGUUUAACCAAGGUUAUCGUGCUUGGAGGCUGCACCUGGUUAUAAAGAAGAUAGAAAAUAGACGACAGUUGCAGAAUAAGGAAUGAUUGUAUUCUCCUGUUGUCGUUCAUAUAAUGACUACCUAGAUUUAGUAUGGUUAAUUUCUUCAUUUGUAAGUCCAGAUAUUAUCUUUAAUUCGUUGUUGCUUAGAUUUGGAUAAGUUCAGUUCUAAAGCCUUUUCCUCUAAUAGCUAUACUCCCAACAAUUAUAGUUUUUCAUUGGGCGCUAUGAGUAGUUCUUACAAUUGGGGGUACAAAAUAUUUGCUUGCAUCAUUUUGAAUCACUGUCACUGCCUAUGGGAGCUAUUGCUUCCAAUCAUAGGACAAUUGCCUUUCUUAUUAUUGAAGAAAUUCAGAUAGAAAGUGAGGGGAAGGAAAAGAAGAGGAAGAACCACAAAACGCUUGGUUGGGAUGUGGACUGUGGAGAGAAGCCUUUCUUACACAUUGACCCAAAGCUAGGUCCAAUGUUUAUGCUAUUGUGCCUGAAGACGUACAUAAGUGGGCCUGAGAUAGUUAGCCUAUUUCAUAAUGAAAAGGACAACUCAGAGACAAUCAAUGACACUUCUCAGUAUCACUUCCAUUAUUGUUUUAGUUAUUUAGAAUUCUACGAUCAAUUAUUCUAUGUUCUGCUCCUUAUAGAACAUUUACGUGCAUGUGUUGGAAGUUCUAGGUCGUAGGGAAAUAGUGUAAUUAGUUGAGGAUGUUUUUGGAAAAGUUGUGUAUUGUUACUCCCUAUAUAAUGGGGGUUAGAGUUGAAUGAAUCUUGAGGCGGUUUCCGCCAUUCUCCCCUCUGUCCUUCGUGACGAGGUUUUUUUUCUCCAUUUUCAACAAUCUGAAGUCAUUAUUGUUGUAGAAAUGGCUACCACUUGGUGAUAGCAAGCAUCCAAUUAUGUUUCUGUUGUAUAUACUGUCAUCGAAUGUAAUCUUCAGUAGAGUUUACGGAGAAUGAGAGGCUUUCUGUAAAUAAUGUAGACAUUACCACCAUUUCACUUAAUUAACUGACAGUUGCUUGAAUGAUAUACACGUCAUAGUACUGUAUUUUAUUUAUAAACAUGUUCAAAUCUUCCUCACCUACACAGUGGUAAAGAGUUGUACUGAAGCCAAAAUGCUGCUAUGAAUAUUGUCUAUUGCAAUUUUCCAAAAUAUGAUUCUCCUUACUAAUGGUUAUAUUCUGUUUCCAGGUCGUGUUGACGCUCCUAAUUGUCAUCUGGGGCCUUCGGCUGGGAAUCUUUUUAUUAAUGAGGUACGCUGGGAAGACAUUUCAGAUCAAGGUCAACUUUUUUACAUUGUUAGAAAGUCGGGGGUCCCUUGUAAAGAGGAGAUUUUGUGUGGCAUUUAGGUGUUGGUGGGAGAAUCAGUUUGGAGCGGUAUGUGGAUUCUGUGAGUGGAUGCCAUCACAAAAUUACGUACAACAGUCCAUUAGAUACAAUGGCAAUCAAUUUACUGUCUUUUUAGAGUUAUUUGACCAUCCAAAGUGGCUUUUAUAACCACUGGUUUAUUUCUAUAAUAACUAAUUUGGGGCUACUCUUAACGCAUCGGUCUCUCCUCUAUUCCCUAAUUUAUUGACUGCGACAUUAGGCUUAAGAUUUAAAUGGCAGCGCAGAGGGUAGGUGUUAUAUGGCAGAACACGAGUUUAUGCACAUCGUGUACAUAGGCAUGUGUUUUAUCAUUAUAAGUGGACAUGAAACAAUGGCAGUCUUGUUUGAAAAAGAUAGUAUUUGCACCUGAUUUCUCACCGUGUUAGAUAUGCGUUUGUACCAUAACUGAAUAUUGAAAAGAUAACUCCAAUAAGUGGGAUUUUGAUGUGAUGAACUGCUGGAUAGAGAGAUGAAAAGAACCCUAUCAGUAUCAAGUAUGUAGCCUGCCUUAUGAUCAGUUUGUUAGACGAUUCUUUGUUCUGUUUCAAUUUUAAGGAUCCUUUCCUGUUCCAUUACAAUUGCAGGUUCUCUGGAUGUGGUAUCCUGAUGUGGUCUAUUUUGCCUAAAGUGUGAUAUACGUUGCUUGCAUUGACAGGAUCUUGCAGUGGGGAGAAGACAGGCGUUUUGAUGAAAUGCGCAGCAACCUUGCUAAAUUAGCCGUCUUCUGGAUAUUUCAGGUUUCUUAUUUUCUACGUGUAUUGGCUACAAAUGGUGAUAAAAUUCCGUCACUUUAUCUGAUUAUUGAUUCUGAAAAACUAUGGUUUUAACAGGCUGUUUGGGUCUGGACGGUGAGCUUGCCUGUCACGAUUGUCAAUGCCAGCAAUAGGAACCCAUCGGUCAAACCCCAAGAUGUCAUUGGAUGGCUCAUGUGGCUUGUAGGUCUCUUAGUCGAGGCAGGUGCCGAUCAGCAGAAGCUCUCAUUCAAGAACUUGGCAUCCAGCAGGGGGAAGUGGUGCAACAUUGGUCUUUGGAAAUAUUCACGGCACCCAAAUUACUUUGGCGAGGUGAGCCCAGUAAUUUCUUCUUCCUGGUAUUCCCCUUGAUCUUCAUCUUCUUGAUGCACAGAAAAAUAUUGAAUGAAUCACCUCCUUGACGCUGAAUAUUUUUUUUUGCUGUAUAUCAUUUCCCACUUAAAUUCGCAACACAGUCACCAGGGUUUUAGUCGUUCUUACUCUCCACUACUGCUUCUGCCCAAAUUAUCCAUCUUACACAGAUUUUCCGGGUAUAUUUUAAUUUGAUUUCUGAUGAUUGGCAAUAAUAUGAUUUCUUGUAUGUAUUGCUGUACUAAUUUAUUAAUAUAUGAAUUACUAACUAAAAUGCAUCAAAUGCUUUUUUAUUAAUUGCGGGUGUUUAUUAGUUGACAAUUUGAUUCCCCUUGAUCAUCUUCUUGUGCCCCCACGAAGUUCCAUUAAUUAUUUGCCAAACUGCUCCAUCUCCUUCAGAUCUUCCUCUGGUGGGGAGUCUUCCUGGCUUCCACCCCUGUUCUGGAAGGCGCCGAGUGGCUAGUAAUCUUCGGCCCAGUCUUCCUCACUCUCCUGCUCCUCUUCGUCAGUGGGAUCCCCCUUCUUGAGGUUCUCCCCCCCGUCUUUCCUUCCACCAUUCCCAAUCAGAUACAUUCCAAAUCUUCAUCAUUCUAACAUUCUCCUUUCUGAUGGUUUCCUUAAUUAGCAAUCGGCCGACAAGAAGUACGGCAGCAAUGAAGAGUAUCAGGCCUACAAAAACACCACGAGGUGGGUCUCCAUGGAAGAAUUAUCUCAUGAUAUUAAAUUAACUUGUAUGAUAUUAACUUAUAUAUUUUUAUUUAUAUCUUUGUAGCCCUCUCAUUCCAUUGCCCCCUGUGGUGUAUGGAGCAUUGCCCAAAUGGUUCAAAGCUGCUGUGCUCUUUGAGUUUCCCCUCUACAACAAGAAUUUUCGACCUGAGGGGAGCUUGACAUAA